AUGGAGUCGGAGGAGAGUAAGAUAUCGGUGUGGGUCUGCAGAGAGGAGAAGCUCAUCCACGGCUUGUCAAAGCGCACAACCUGCGCUGAUGUUAUUAAAGUGCUUCUGGAAGACCAAAACUCACAGCACGGACUUUCUGCAGCGCAGUCGUACUGCAUCGUGGAGAAAUGGAGAGGUUUCGAGAGGAUUUUGCCGAACAAAACAAAGAUUUUACGGCUUUGGGUCGCGUGGGGAGAGGAGCAGGGGAACGUGAAGUUUGUGCUGGUGAAAAGCGAGGCGUCUUUGGCGAACCACGGAGCCCGGAGCGCGGAGGCGCGUGUGGUGCUCAGCAAACAGAGCCCCUGUGUCACCAAGGGCACCGCGCGGUCUCCCAUGGGGGGCAUCUCACCUGAAAAACAGCGUCGGAUUGUGAGGAAAGCUUUCAGAAAGUUGGAGAAGAUCAACAAAAGGAAGGCGCGCGCGGCGCACAGAGACGCGUCCUCUGCGGAGAAGAUGGAAACUUUGGUUCAUGUUGUGGUUUCUCAGGAUCACACGAUCCGCCAGCAGAUCCAGAGGAUUAAGGAGCUGGACGCCGAGAUCGAAAGGUGUGAGGCAAAGGUGCAUUUUGACAGAAUCAAAAGACACGGGAUUAAUUAUGUUCAGGACACGUAUUUGGUGGAUGCUGCUGCAGCUUCCAGCCGAGAGGAAGACAAACUCUGUUCAACUGAGACACUUGCCAAGUUUGAAGAGUAUGUCCGGCGCUGUGAGGAGGUGGUUCGACUACAAGAGGAGCUGUGGGAGCAGGACGCUCUCAUAGAGAUCCUCACGGUGCAGAUCCAGGAGGAGCUGAACCACCGCUGGAUGCAGCGGAGGACAGAGGGCGCACAAUCUGUCCCCAGCACCGAGGCAGAGACAACAUCAGAAAACGAGCUGUUUUUGGAAGAAGAGAGGAUCAAAACGCAGCUAGAUGCGAGUUUAUACAUCGGUCUGCGCCUCAACACGGAUUUAGAAGCUAUUAGGAGCGAUUUAGAGCUGACCCAGGAGAUUUGCAGGGCGAGGGAGAAGGAGAUGAGGGAUUUGCUGGAGGAAGUGAACACUUUGGACAUAGAGGAAGGGACAGCCAGCGAGGAAAGAUGUAGCCACGAGAAGGAUGAUAAGACGGGGAUGAUGAGCACUUUGGAGAGGAAAAGCGAGUGGGUGGAGCAGGCCAGGGGUCUGUCAAAAGCUCACAGCGUGAACGACGACGACUCAGACACUGGCUUAAGUUCUCUGCACAGUCAGGACUCAGACAGCCACCCCGUGUGGGAGUCUCUGGUUUAG